AUGUCUAUACCAAGAUUCCUAAAAGUAACAUAUGGAGCAUACGAUAAUUAUAUUCCAGUCAGUGAAUUAAGCAAAAAAUCAUGGAAUCAGCAAUACUUUUCCCUGGCAUUUCCCAAACCACCAAGGCCAGGGAAGAAACGGAGAUCACUACCUUCCCAGUUACAGAACAAUCCAGCUCCUGUAAUUGAUGAACAAAAAUUAGGAAUUCACAAACCACCAUUAUGGAUGCACCGUUCCCUGAUGAGAAUAUCCGAGAGACCAUCGGUUUAUUUGGCUGCCAGGAAGAGCCUUCCACCAAAACCACCUCGUUUUGGCAAGGGAGAGUUUAAAAGAGCGGGCACAACCAAGACUUUGGCUUCAGAAAAAUCAAAGAAAGAAGUGAAACUGAAAAAAGAUGAAUGUGAAGCAAAAGAGAAGACAGCUCUAAAGACAGAGAAGGAAGAAAAUCUCAAACCAGUUGACACAAAAAUUUCAAAGGAUUCACAGAAGGACAAGGGAAAAAUAUCUUCAGGCUCUGACAGUGACAAGGCUGGUGUGAAGAAAGACGUCAAGACCAGUAAAAAAGGCACAAAGGGUACUGAUUCAGCCUCAGAAACCGGAAGUGACAAGGCUGGAGGGAAGAAGGAAGCCAAGGCAAGUAAAAAGGUCUCAAAGGACAAAGUUUCUGCCUCAGAAUCUGGAGGUGAAAAGGCUGGUGGGAAGAAGGACGCCAGGGUAAGUAAAAAGAGCUCAAAGGACAAAGCUUCUGCCUCAGAAUCUGACAGUGAAAAGGCUGGAGGGAAGAAAGAAGCCAGGGCAAGUAAAAAGAGCUCAAAGGACAAAGCUUCUGCCUCAGAACUUGAAGUUGAAAAAGCUGGUGGGAAGAAAGAAGCCAAAGCAGAUAAAAAAAGCCCAAAGCAGUCCAAAGAAACACUUGUAAGUAAAGCAGUUGACAAAGAUGUUGGAAAGAAAGAAGAAAAGUCAGCUAAACAGGGUUCAAAAGGCAAAGAUGUGGUUGGAGAUUCUGGAAGUGAAAAGGGAGAUGCAGGGAAAGAGGCCAAGAAGAAGGAAGAGAAACAGAAAAAGAGAAAGGGAGAGGGAGAUGCAAAAGAAGGCAGUAAGAAGGACAAGAAGGACAAGAAGGACAAGAAGGACAAGAAGGACAAGAAGGACAAGGAGGACAAGAAGGACAAGGACAAGAAGGACAAGGACAAGAAGGACAAGAAAGACAAGAAAGACAAAAAAGACAAGAAAGACAAGAAGGCAAAGAAAGAUAAGAGAGCAAAGAUCACUGUCCAUACGAAAAAGGAGGAAGGACACCUUGGGUUUGUUUACAGGACCAUCUGA